UCUUCCUGCCGGGCGGUCCUCCUCCCCUCCUCUCUCAGCUCCCUCCGCCCUGUUCCCUCCGCCCUCCCAGGGCUUCGGCGGCGGCAGAGUGAACGGGACGGGCCGGGCCGCAGAACGCUGGGUGGCGGGUGCGACGCGGGCGCCUGGCAGAGUUGUUCCGGCCCUUCCCGCGGAGACGAGACGAGGUGGAUGUGGAAAGAGAAGUUUGCAGAACUGAAAUGGAGGUCAGAGCUUCAUUACGGAAGGUUAGUGGGUCAUCGGAUUCUGUGACUACACUCAACAGUGAAGAAUUUGUUUUGGUUCCUCAGCAUGGAGGUGAUACUUCUACAAAAGAUGAUGAAAAACCUGAACUGAAGAUAGUUUCUAAUGGUGAUGAACAACUGGAAAAAGCCAUGGAAGAGAUUUUGAGAGAUUCGGAGAAGGGGCAAAGUAGCCUUCCUGUUGAUUGUCCAAGUUGCAGUGAGAUUUCAGACCAUUCAUUUGGAAAUAUUUCAGCCAGGCAAACAAAUAAGCCAUCUCUUCAGUUAAUUUUGGAUCCAUCAAAUACAGAAAUUUCUACACCCAGACCAUCUUCUCCAAGUGAAAUACCUGAAGAGGAUAGUGUUUUAUUUAACAAACUGACCUAUUUAGGAUGUAUGAAGGUCUCUUCCCCACGUAAUGAAGUGGAAGCUUUACGGGCAAUGGCAACUAUGAAAUCUUCCAGUCAGCACCCCUUUCCCGUUACUCUGUAUGUGCCAAAUGUUCCAGAAGGUUCUGUGAGAAUCAUAGACCAAUCCAACAAUGUGGAGAUAGCAUCUUUUCCAAUUUAUAAGGUACUGUUCUGUGCACGUGGCCAUGAUGGGACAACAGAGAGCAAUUGCUUUGCGUUUACAGAGAGUUCCCAUGGUUCUGAAGAAUUCCAGAUACACGUCUUCUCCUGUGAAAUUAAAGAAGCAGUAAGCAGAAUUUUAUAUAGUUUCUGUACAGCUUUCAAACGUUCUUCUAGACAAGUAUCAGAUGUUAAAGACUCGGUUAUUCCUACCCCCGACAGUGAUGUGUUUACCUUCAGUGUCUCGUUGGAGGUAAAAGAAGAUGAUGGAAAAGGAAACUUUAGUCCUGUGCCUAAGGAUCGAGAUAAAUUUUAUUUCAAAUUAAAACAAGGAAUAGAGAAGAAGGUUGUGAUUACAGUGCAGCAACUUUCUAACAAAGAGUUAGCUAUUGAAAGAUGUUUUGGAAUGUUAUUAAGCCCAGGUCGAAACGUGAAGAACAGUGACAUGCAUUUACUGGAUAUGGAAUCCAUGGGAAAGAGCUGUGAUGGGAGAGCUUAUGUUAUCACUGGCAUGUGGAACCCCAAUGCACCAAUAUUUCUGGCACUUAAUGAAGAAACCCCAAAAGAUAAACGAGUAUACAUGACCGUGGCAGUGGAUAUGGUAGUCACAGAGGUGGUGGAGCCAGUCCGCUUUCUCCUGGAGACAGUAGUACGUGUGUACCCUGCAAAUGAACGAUUUUGGUAUUUCAGCAGAAAAACUUUCACGGAGACUUUCUUCAUGAGGUUAAAACAGUCUGAGGGGAAAGGCCAUACCAAUGCUGGGGAUGCAAUAUAUGAGGUGGUGAGUCUACAGCGAGAGUCUGAGAAGGAGGAUCCAGUCACUCCUACUAGUGGAGGGGGCCCAUUGUCACCCCAGGAGGAUGAAGCAGAAGAGGAGAGUGAUAAUGAACUCUCAAGCGGAACAGGUGAUGUGUCUAAGGAUUGUCCUGAGAAGAUCCUAUAUUCUUGGGGAGAAUUGCUAGGAAGAUGGCACAGUAACCUUGGUGCACGACCAAAGGGGCUGUCCACUCUGGUGAAGAGUGGUGUUCCUGAAGCAUUGAGGGCAGAGGUAUGGCAAUUAUUAGCAGGCUGCCAUGACAACCAAGCGAUGCUGGAUAGGUACCGACUUCUUAUCACAAAGGACUCAGCCCAGGAGAGUGUUAUUACUCGAGAUAUUCAUCGUACAUUUCCUGCACAUGAUUACUUCAAAGAUACUGGAGGAGAUGGCCAAGAAUCUCUCUACAAGAUCUGCAAGGCCUACUCUGUCUAUGAUGAAGACAUUGGGUACUGUCAAGGACAGUCUUUUCUUGCUGCUGUAUUGCUGCUGCAUAUGCCAGAAGAACAAGCAUUCUGUGUUUUGGUGAAAAUCAUGUAUGACUAUGGUUUACGAGACCUCUACAAAAACAACUUUGAAGAUCUUCACUGCAAAUUCUAUCAGUUGGAGAGACUCAUGCAGGAGCAGUUACCGGACCUGCACAACCAUUUUUCUGAUCUGAACCUAGAAGCUCAUAUGUACGCAUCCCAGUGGUUUCUCACUCUCUUUACUGCCAAGUUCCCACUCUGCAUGGUCUUCCACAUCAUUGACUUACUGCUUUCUGAGGGUUUGAACAUUAUCUUUCAUGUAGCCUUGGCUCUCCUAAAGACCUCAAAGGAAGAUCUUCUGCAGGCUGAUUUUGAAGGCGCCUUAAAGUUCUUCAGAGUCCAGCUUCCAAAGAGGUACAGGGCAGAGGAAAAUGCAAGAAGGCUAAUGGAGCAGGCUUGCAACAUUAAGGUACCAACCAAGAAGCUAAAGAAAUAUGAGAAAGAAUAUCAGACAAUGCGAGAGAGUCAGCUGCAGCAGGAAGACCCAAUGGAUAGAUACAAGAGGGAGAACCGGAGACUACAGGAGGCCAGCAUGAGGUUGGAACAAGAGAAUGAUGACCUUGCUCAUGAACUAGUAACCAGCAAGAUUGCUCUGCGGAAUGACUUGGAUCAAGCAGAAGACAAGGCGGACGUGCUGAAUAAAGAGCUUCUCUUGACCAAGCAGAGGCUGGUGGAGACCGAAGAAGAGAAGAGGAAGCAGGAGGAAGAGACGGCUCAGCUAAAAGAAGUCUUCAGGAAACAGCUAGAGAAGGCGGAAUAUGAAAUCAAGAAGACUACAGCUAUCAUUGCCGAGUAUAAACAGAUCUGUUCCCAGUUGAGUACCCGACUGGAGAAACAGCAAGCAGCCAGCAAGGAGGAGCUGGAAGUGGUAAAGGGUAAGAUGAUGGCAUGUAAACACUGCAGUGACAUUUUCAGCAAGGAGGGCGCUUUGAAAGUAGCGGCCAUAAGCAGAGAGGACCAGGGGAUUGAAUCGGAUGAUGAGAAGGACUCUCUUAAGAAGCAACUGAGGGAGAUGGAGCUGGAAUUGGCACAAACCAAACUGCAGCUGGUGGAGGCCAAGUGUAAAAUCCAGGAACUUGAACAUCAGAGAGGAGCCCUUAUGAAUGAAAUCCAAGCUGCAAAAAACUCUUGGUUUAGCAAAACCCUGAACUCUAUCAAAACAGCCACGGGCACGCAGCCGCUGCAGCCACCACAGGCCACCCAGCCCCCCAAGGAGAGCACAUAGUUCCAGCCUCACCCAAGCACAGGAGCACAACGAUCAAAGCGACGGAAACCCAGGAAGAGUCCUGGUGUCCCUUUGAAAGGAAGGGAAGGAGGCCAGAAAGCAAGCCAGGAUCUUUCAGUAGCUCUCAAUCUUUCUCAUAUGACGCUUUUCAAAGGGAUGUUAUUUAAACUAACCUGAUUUAUGUUGAAUACCUGUGUUUGUGCUUCAUGGAAGGCCGUGUUCCGAUCCGUCAUAGUAUUAUUACACAUUAUUUUAUAUGCCUGAUGUCUGGUUGGAAACAAGUAAUUCAGAGCUAAAUGCUUUUUAUUUAGAACUAAUUAUUCAUAAUUAUUUUUAUCUUACAUGAAAAUGGAGAUGUGUUUUAUUCCAAGGUUGAAUUGAUAGGAAGAUAUUUGUCACAGCAAAAAAAAAAAAAAAAAAAGAUUGAAACCUAAACCUCAUAACUUUUCAGGACUUCUUCAGAUAAAGCACAUUGUGGGGCCAGCCAUGACCAGUCAGGUUUCCUGCUGAAAGUGAUUCCCUGGACAGCGAUAAUCCUAUCCGAAGGAAAGAACAGAUCUGGGGUUGGACAGUUCCCAAAGAGAAUUAGUUUAUUUUUAUUUCCUGUGGGGUACAUCUGGAAAUUAAGUGCCAAGAACCAUGGAAUAAGAUAGGUUAUUGAGAACACACACUAGAUAAAAAAGAACUGAAGUUUUCAUAAAUGCAGGAUAAAAUAAAUCACUUUGGUCCUGGUCUUCUAACAGGUCCUUUGCAGAAUCCUGCAGAACCGCAAGCUCCUAGGCAAGCAUACAGUUGCACCUUCUGGCAAAUGUGAAGUCAGAAGUGGGUAUUACGAGUUUCAUCUUUAGGAGACCUUUACCAGAGAAGCCUGAAAAGGCCCAGAACAGUUACUGUGCUUAGAAUGGAGUGUAGAACCAGGGACAGAGUAUUUGUUUAAUGUUGACAUAUACUUUGCGAAGGAAACACUAAUAUACUGUAACUUUGUUAAAGUUAUGAAAUGGGAAAUAGAGGUCAGCUUCAUAUCACCUUAAUUUAAUACUAGGCCCCUUUUUCUGAGUUCUGUAGCUUCCUAAAAAUGUGCCCUUGGUACCCCUAGAUGAAGAGAUGCAAAUGCAUUUGUAACAUUUUCGAUUGCAUAUAAAACCUUUAUAGAAAUACUUAUCUCAUGGAAAGGCAAAGCUAUUGUGUAAACGUUGAUGGAAAUAUUUUUUUCAAUUAUAUUUAACAUGUCUUUAUAGAUAGUCUUUGCAAGAAAUCCUUUGGUAAGGGAAAAACCAAUUUUCCCAUUUUUUAAGCUGUUUUGGAGGCCUUCGGUCCUUUUACGUCAACCAAACUACUGUCGUCUGUGUACAGUAACAUUUAUUGAUGCUCAUCCUUGGCUUCACUGUUGAAAAUAUUCUUUGCAGAGGAUCUUAAACCCUGUAGUGGCAGAGUGACUCUCAUCUGUGCCAUAUGUUGCAGUUAAAAGUAACACACUCUUGGAAGUAAAACUCAUGUAAGAGCCAUCUCAAGUCCAGGACCAUGCACUACCAGUUGCUCACGGUGGAUCCUCUCUAAAAUACUCAUUAAGCUCUAAAAAGUGAAGUUCCCCUCAUCGGUAAGUGUUCUUCUAUCAUCUAUAGCCUAUAAAAUUGAUGUGGUUGUCUGCUAUCCUUCAUUACACUCAUCAAAUAAUACUUUUCUUACAGAAUUCUCUUUUUUGUCCUGACAUCUUUCAUCAUAGUUUUCAUUUCCUUUCACCCCAGAGGAAAAUAACUCAGCAUUCUGAGUAUCUGUGUUGACUUUAACAUUCCAUUUGUGGUGGUUUAGAAAAGUUAAUAUUUGUUUUGUAAAAUAUAGUGGCUAGAAAAUUGCAUCUUGGUACUUGUUUUUGUAAAUCAUUCAGUAAAAUUUGUUAGCUUUCCUGGUACUUUAUGCUUUGAUCCCAAGAAGCCUUGUACAAGUUGCCUUAUCAGAUGGCUAGCUAAAUUAAGGAUUUUCUUUUGUGUUUUGUGAAUCUCAUAAUUCUACUGUACAGAGCUCUUUUUACAUUUCACAGAAUGCCUAAAUUGCAUAAUUUUCCUUAAAUGGUAGUUGAGAGAGAACUAGCUCUAGGUUCAGUUCUUACCUGUAGACCUGGCUCAGUUUUAUAGCCCCUAACAUUUGUUUCUUUAAACAAAAUCACCAGGUACAAACAUUGUAAACAUUUAAUCAGUUGCAUUUUAACUCUUUUAACAGAUUAUGAUGGCCAUCUAUAGAUUUUUUUUCUCCUCCAGUUCCACAUCAUACUUGGGUAUGUGUAUUAGUAUCAUAGUCUAAACUGUCCCUCACUAUAAUGCCUUUGGGUGAGUAGCAAUAGCAAAUACAGAAAUAAAGAAAAUUCAGAAGUUGGCAUAUGAUAUUAUUCAUACAAUCUUACAGUAGCACUAUCCUAGACCACAUGCCUUUCACCAUAUAGUUUAAAAACUCAUGCAUUCCAGCAUUAAGUAUCUGCCAGUGGCACCCCACUCCAGUACUCUUGCCUGGAAAAUCCCGUGGAUGGAGGAGCCUGGUAGACUGUAGUCCAUGGGGUUGCUAAGAGUCGGACACGACUGAGCAACUUCACUUUCACUUUUCACUUUCAUGCAUUGGAGAAGGAAAUGGCAACCCACUCCAGUGUUCUGGCCUGGAGAAUCCCAGGGACGGGGGAGCCUGGUGGGCUGCCAUCUACGGGGUCGCACAGAGUCGGAGACGACUGGAAUGACUUAGCAGUUUUAAUUUAUCUUAACUUGAAGUAUAUUUGAGAAUUCAUACUCUUCUUUGGAUUUUAGAAAGAGGUUGACCAGCUCAAAUAUCCAGGAAAAUUUCAAAUAUUUUAGAGUGUUUUUCAUCUUUUCCUUGGAUACACUGUAUAAAACAUUCCUCCAAAAAUCCAACAUUUGCAGCAUUCUGAAAAGUGAAGAGUUCUCCUUUCAUUAAAUUCUUCAAUAUAAGAGAAUGAAGUUCAGUUUGAUAAUUCAGUCAUUAGCUUUUAUAUCUUGAGAAUCUUAACACAUUCCUUAGAGCUGAAAGAAACCAAGUUGAAUUUUGCAGUGCAUAUGUUUUCUAGCUUCCCACAUCCUGAGCCAUGGCACAAUUUGGUUAUAUUUAGUUACAUAUAAUUUAAUGCAAAGAAAUUCUCAGUUACUGUAUAUGAGUGCCUAUCAGAAACACUAAAUAGGAAUGUCACAUAGGCCUAUGGCCUAUCUUUCCAUGCAACCAAUAAUUCUCUUUCCCUCUCCCAAUUACUAAGUUCGUGGUUUGUUCUUCAUUGGCUUUCUUAAAUUUCCAUAAUAAAGUAGAAAAGUAAUCUUUGUACUGAUGUUGGGAUAUUUAAUAGUAUGUAUCUGGUUUCAUUGUUUUCAAAACUUUCAUCCUCUUAUACUAUGUAUUAAUAUUUAUGUUUCUCAAACCCUUAUUCCAUUUUCCUAAAAUACUUUCCAGUUGAUAACUAGUGGCUUCAUUUCCUAGCUGAAGUGAGAGAAACAAGAGAAUAUACAAUUUAGGGCACAAGAGAUGAAAGAUCCUUAAAGGAACGGAUUCAUUUCUGAGGAUAAGAAUCACAUAUGUAACUAAUGUAAGGGAUUGAGUUUUCUUUUUCUUUACUUGAGAUCAGUCUACUAAUUAUUCUGGUAAGGUGGUUGUCCAAUUUCAUGAUUGUAUUAGGGAAAAAGCAGCUUUUAAAAAGUGAAAUAUUUUAUCUUUCUGGCACAGAACACUUUUAAUUACUUAGUAAGAUGAUUCUGUUGUAUAACUUACUCUUUAAAAAAAAUUCUUCUUCUCUUGCUUCAAGUAUAGGUAAACGAGAGCAUGAACUAUUGUUUGAUUUGAAUGCUGUGAGAUUUGUGUGUGUGAUUGGUGAUUGGUAUAAUUUUAUAUGGCUUAUCCCUGCCUCUUUGGUAUACCCUGGUACCAUUCAACUGAACAUGCACAUGGUGAUCAGAUACAGAAGGCCAGACCCAACUCAGUGGCCUGUGUUUCCUACUACCAGAUACAAAACUCUUGCCCUCUAGUUGCCAUGCUGAUGGUCACAUUGAACUGGAACUGCUCCAGAACAUCUUCCUGUCUCAUGGUGGCUUCCAUGUAACACAGGCAGAGCCCUUAGGGAUUUUCUUAUCUUUCAAGAGCUACCAAAAUGAAAACUUGCAUGUGGGCUGCACCUCGAUAGGAGAUGAUCAUCUUGAGUUGUAAGGAGAAAAGUGGAUGUUUAUGAGUAGCUUAGUGACUACAGUCAGCUGUCAGACAUUCCUGUCUUAGCUUCCGUCUAAAACACUACAUGUCAAGCUUAUCUGCAAGUGUAUUUGCUCCCUGCUAUAAAAACAUCUUCAUCAACGUGUCCCACUCUCCCUGCCUCCACCCCUGGUUUUUCGUUAGCGGUAUUCUGGAAACUUAAAAAAAAAAGAAUCAUUGAGUAGAAAAUGAAUAUUUUAAGUUACUUUCCUUUUUCAUUGGCAAUAAAUUAACAUGUAAAAUCUUUUCUGUUGAAAUGUAACUUUUAAUAACUAUAUAUUAUAUAUGGAAUAAAAUAUAGGAAACUGAAUGAUAAGGACAUAAAUUCGUCAAGACUCUGGUGUCAUGAAAGCACAAGAAUAAAGCCUGGAAUUGGUCCCAGAAUCCAAGAUCGUAAUAGCCUUUGCAUCAGUUUCUCUAUUUUUGGUAUUCUGCAUAAUGUAUGGAUCCUUAGUUCAAAUAAGAAAGUUUCUCAGUCAGCCUCACUUCAUUUCUUUCAACUCCUACCUUUCCCUUGCUGAGGAGGUAGUAGAAACUCUAUGCCAUCUGUUUUUACGAAUUCUAUGAUUUUGCCCAUGGCUUCUCCAAUGAAAACAGGUUCCAGAAUAAAAGAGUUGAUUAGCUCAAACAGUGCUAAUUGACUACGAAAGAAAUUAGUGAGCAGCCUCUCUCCUCUAUCAACACUGACCAAUUAGAUGUUUCCAUUAUUCCAUGUAUUAUGUAUAGUACACUCUAUAAAUGUAAAUGUAAUGCUUGUUAAGAAAAGUGCAAUUUAUUGUACAUUGUCCCAACAAACAAAUGUUUACUUUUAUAAUUGUUAUGAACUUGAAUUGGAUUACUAUCUUGUUUUCACGUGUGAAUGAAGCCUUGUGAAAUAAACAAAUGCAACUGAAAAGGUAGCAAGGUGACUGUUUUUGUGAGCCAGUGAUGUUCUCAAUGCUUUGUGUUUCCCCUUUGGCCCCAAUAAGCAGUAAUAAACAUUUGUUCUAAAAUCCA